CGUUUCCUUUUCUGGUAGUUAAAGUCGCUGUAAGAACAAGCAGGAAUUCUUUGUGCUGCAAAAGGGUUGAGAUAUAAUCCAGACUGUAGAUGUUGAUAUAUGACGAGAGGGGAGACACCGCUGUUCACGGACUAAACUCCAGCUACUGCUAAGUGAGAAAGUGAAGAUAAUCUUCUUGGCAUCAUGGACAAUGACUUUGACCGCCGCAUGGAGCUGAGGAGGCAGAGAAGGGAGCAGAUGCGCGUUGAGACCGACAAGCCGGAUUGCGCUAAUGAUGAUGAUGAGGAGGAAGCUCGGGAGCAAAGAAGACGAGCGAGAGAGGAGAGGAAGAAGGUGACGAAGGAGUCGGGAGGCCCUGAAGAAGUGAUCGACACUAACAGUGUGACGGAGUCCUCCACCUCAGGCGAUGCUGAAGGUGCAGACGAUGCUGAAGGUGCAGACGAUGACCAGGCUCUGCUGGAGCGCCUGGCCAAGAGGGAGGAGCGCCGGCAGAAGAGGAUGAAGGAGGCCAUGGAGAGACAGAAGGACUUCGACCCCACCAUCAGCACCACCAACGGCACUGACAGCGCACCGGAGGAGGAAGAGGAGGAGAAACCAGCUGAAGGCAAGGUGGCAGACACUGAUAUGAACUCCUGGAGAAAAGAGGAAGAGGACAAUCAGGAAGAGGAGACGGAAUCUGUUGAGGAAUCAAGAACAGUGAGCAUGGGAAAUAAGGAGGUGAUUGAGGAGAAGGUUGCAGCAACAGAAGAAGAGGAGGAGCAGCCCGAUUCAGGAAAGAAGGAUGCUGAAGAGGAAGCUGUUCCUGAUGUCGACAAAGAGGAAGAAGAAAGACAAAGGAAAGAAGAGGAAAGGGAGCAAAUAGAGAAAGAAGAAAAGCUGAGGAUAGAAGCGGAGGAAAGGCAAACCAGGGAAAGGGAGGAAACGCUCAAAAGAGAGGAUGAGGAAAGGAAGAAGAGGGAAGAGGAGGGGAAACAACAAAUAGAGAUGGAAGAGAUGCUGAGGAAGGAAGGAGAAGGAAAACAGAGAAAAGAGAAGGAGGAUAAGAUGAAGAAAGAAAAGGAGGAAAAACUAAAAAAGGAGAUGGAGCAAAAAAAUAAGAAAGAAGAGGAGGAGGAAAAACGCCAGAAAGAGCUGGAGGAGAAGAAGAAAAGGGAGGAUGAGGAAAAGCAGAAGAAGAAAGAGCUGGAGGAGAAGAAUAAGAAAGAAGAGGAGGAGAAGAGGAAAAAGGAGGCUGAAGAGAAGAAGAAGAAGAAAGAGGAGGAAGAGAAACCAAAGAAAUUUGGAUUUAAGGACAAGAACGAACCCGCCAAACUGAACACAGGACUCUUUGAGAAUAAACUGAAGAAAACAGAGAAGAGCCGGCAAAACGAGGCGGAGAGCGAGGAUCUGGAGAAGAUGAAGCAGAAGACGCAGGGCGCAGAGGCAGCGCUGGAGGAGCUGAAGAAGAAGAGGGAGGACAGGAGGAAGAUCAUAGAGGAGGAGGACAAGCAGAAGAAACAGCAGCUGGAGGACAAGAAAGCCAAAGAACAGGAAGAGAGGAAGAGGAUGAAGGAGGAGAUAGAGAAGAGGAGGGCAGAGGCUGCAGAGAAGAAGAAACAGAAGGAGGAAGAGUCUCCAAAUCCUGUGUUUGCUAUCACUCCCAAAGGCUCCUCAAAGAUCGGGGCAAAGGCAGAAUUCUUGAGCAAAUCAGCCCAGAAAAGCACCACAGCCAGAGCGUCUCACUCUCCAAUUGUGUCCAAGAUCGGCAACAGAAUGGAGCAGUACAACUCUGCCAUCCAGGGAAACAAAGACGUGAAAUCCCCCAAGUCUCCGAUGGCAGAUAUUCCUACAGGAGGAGCUCGCAGCAUGAAGAGCAUGUGGGAGAAAGGAAACGUCGGGGGCUCCUCUGAAAGUCCAGCCCCCGCCAACAAAGAUCUGGCUGGCAUCAAAGGAGGCGUGACUGGACGUGUCAACAGUUGGAUGGCAAAGCCUCCGGAGGCGGAGAAGACAGCAGCACCUGCACCUGCACCAGCAGCAGCAGCAGCAGCAAAGCCAGCCGAAGUGAAACCAGGUGACAUCGGUAACAAGCGUGGCAUGUGGGAAACCAAGAAGAGUUCCACACCUGCAAAGCUGGCAGCUGGAGUCAAGAAUAAGUUUGUCACCAAUGCAGGUGUAAGACCCUAACCAUUUAUAUCAAGUCUCAUCCGACCAAACACAAGGCUAUGCAACUGUAUGUGCAUCCGUUUACCUUCGACAAUCCUGCUUUCCGCAUGAAGUUCACACCAAAAUGAGGAAAAGACAAGAGACCAGGAUGAGUGAUUCCUGCAUCAAAGACUCCAGAGACGUUUCCUCAAACAUUUUUUACAAAUGUUAUCAGACUUCACUUGAUUUGAACUCAGAAAUUCCAAGAGGUUAUAAUUAGUAAGGGUUUUCAGGACAAAGAACCACAUGUUAAACGCUUCUAGUAAAUGGAUUUUGUAGUAUCCAUUCUUUUAAUCAAUGUUACAUACUUCAGAUCGCUUUUAAGCCAGCUGAUCUUAUUGUCAUGUAUUGCCAAUAUAGCUCAAACUAAAUCAUAAGCAAUUGUGUUUUAUUGUCACUAUUUUGACUCCAUGUGAUAACCAAGGCUGUUGAAUGUUCAUCUCACCGCUUGGGUUUGAGUAUCCUUCCACUGAUAUGGAUGUUUGAUGAUUAGCCUGUAUUUAAGAUAGUAAUUUGUACCGCAUGCUAAUAAGGCAACUCUUAUCAAGGGUUUAUAAGUAGUAGCUAAAGACAUCAUUAAUUAUUGUCAGUACUGCUGAUAAUAUCAGUCAUGAUAACAGAACAGGUUUUUGGGUUGCCAAGCUAUGAUGAUUAACUAAUGUUUUGGCCCUAUGGAUGCAUGGCCUUGAAAACUAUUACAUGGAUUGAAUGUUCCCUAAGAAUAGGUUGUAUUGUCUUCCCCAACCUUGCAUUUACUGCUAUCACCAGCUAACUUUUUACACAACUUGAGUUUAUGACCAAAUACCUAUUCCCAUUAAAACUGUGCCGUAGGUUACUACUGUUUACUUCUGGACCAAAGUUCAUUUAACAACAACAACAAGUUAACAUUCAAAAGUUUGAUUGAUUAUUGUUUUAUAUUUAUAACUUCAGACUUGAUGACUUACUGAUAAAUAAGAACCAUUAGUAACACAGUGUAUUGACCCUUAUUUUAAAGAGUGCCUUAUUAUUAUUAGAUGGUACCAAUACGUCUCCCACCUCAGCCCAGAAGAUAAUAUUGCUACACAGUGUGCAAGCAGUUUAAUGUUUCUGUCAACCACACUUGGGUUUGUUUGUUUACUUUUUUAUGACUUGUGUUUGUAUAAAAAUCACAGUAAUGUGUAACAUGAGCACAAACAAAGUCUAUGAAUACGUGUGUAAGAGGAUCUGCACCGUAACAACUAUUCAGUGACCAAAUGCAAUUCUGCAGCUUUGCUUUUCCUACAUGCCACUAACAGUUUAUUAGCAUUGGUUUGUAACAGUGAUAAAGGUUUGUAAGACAAUGGCAAUAUGCACUCUGCUUUAACAAUGCCUGUAAUGCCUUUAAACGGUACCCUGGUGUUCCUGUCAGUCAACCACACAAUCCUACCAAAAUCAAUUGUCAGAGGUGGAUGGCUUCAUUCUAAUGUUUGGAAUAAAUGUUUGUUCUUGCUUCAGCAAUAAAAAAAAGAUCAAUAAUAAA